AAGCAAUCAGCGACAGGAAGUAUCCUGCGCCUCCGAGGAGCGAGUCUGCCUGUCACAGUUACAGGAAUCUCUAGACAAAAAAAACAGGUGUGAGAGAUGUCCUUCACUGUUGUUAAAAACAAGGGGGUGACUGUGAUCACUGUGGCAGCUGACGAGAAGAGCAUGUUACCACCUCUGUGUCAGAUCAUGAAGUCUCUCUGCUACAGUCCGAUAUGCUGCUCAGUGAACAGGGGGAUGAUACAGACCAGUGUGGCUGUGGCUCUCGGGACCAUACAGGUCAUGGUGGGGCUGUUCAACAUCGGACUCGGGCCAGGACGAACAAGCCUCCAUCCUGAUGAUUUUGCCCAUUUGGGAGCUGCAUACUGGCUGGGUGGUGUGUUCAUCUUAGCUGGAAUCAUGUCCAUUCUUGCCGGCCGGUUCCCCUCGCGGUGCCUGGUGAUCUCUUCCGUGGUGAUAAACAUAAUCGGAUCUCUCAUCACCAUUGCUGGCGUUGUGCUCUACGCCAUAGACAUCUUCGAUGUCACGGGUGCCAACAUGUGUGACUGGGAAAGGUACAAAUCUCGUGAAGAUAAUGACAACUGCACAUCAGUCAUGCACUUUUUCCAGCACAUAGUGGUGGCCAUGGACAUUACUAUGAUCGUCCUGACUGUUCUGCAGCUGUGUGUCUCCAUCAACAUGACUCUUCUGGGCAUCAAGGGUGUGUGCACGCUGAGGAAGGGAACGCAGGGCGGCAGAGCUGACGAGGUUGACCAGCCACUGUUGAAGGAAGUCCUCAUGACCAGUCCUGGUGCCUAAAAUCAACUCAGCAUUCAUCCAAACACGAAGAUGUUAGAGUGUGAUCAGCAACGCAUCAUUACAACUGUUUAAUGUGUCAUCUUGAAAUAAUAACUAAUAACUGUUUUUUUUUUUUCUAAAUCUCAAGUACAUGUUAUUAUAUGUUAUGUUUAAGAGAAAAAUCAAUCCGUAGUCUGGUACAAUGUGAUUUUAUAAAUAUUUCUUUUUUUAUCAGCUUGUGAAUCAUCAUUUAAAGUAAUCUUCCUUGAACAAAGGUAAAAGUGUUGACAGUGUUUUGAGUUAUCAAGAACAAAAUUCCACUCAUUGGGGCGGCAUCAUUAGGCAUGAUCGGAAAUACGUAAAAGAUGGGCAUCAUAUGCACAAUGUUUUUUGGGUAGGCUUCUAAUGCAGUCUGAAAGAAUAACAUUUGCUAGGAAAGAAGAAACUUCUCCAUAUUCACCAAGGUUAUCAGAUAUGAUCUGAAGAGCAAAAUAAAAUACUUGAUAUCGGGGCAGAGGCUGUAAAUUAUGGAGGGGUUAUAUAUUUUGGCAGACUUCAUUUCCAGUUCAUUUCUAAUAUUGUAUCGGGAACAUAAGUGUCGACAUUCACUCGCUGCAGCAGGCGUUCUGUUGCCACCAAACCCUCUGCUUUCGUCUUCAUGUGUGCCGGUUUGGUGGAUCGCUGCUGCUCGCUGUAUAUGUUUAUGCCCCACCCACACACACAUUCUUACUGACUGACUAAUUGGCACUCUUUAUUAAGAAUACAGUCUAUCUGAAGCUUUCAUCACUACUACAAAUGCAGCUGUAGCCAGUAUCUCACUAUCACUAUCCUCAUUCAUAUUUUAAGAAGCUACACAUUAUAUUCAGCCACAAGAUAAACCUGAAAAGCUGCAAAUCAGAACAGAAGUACAGAGAGUUGUUGCAUAGUGAUGAUACACCAUCUCAUCUAGUUGCGCUGAUGAGAACCAACAGGUUUUUAGAACGUUGCAGAACAGUGCAUUGCACGUAGUUGCACAUCUCAACUCUUCUCAUCGUGAAUCUGUGGUCUGCACUGAGCUUAAAGCCCACCCUUUGGUUCCUAUGGUAGCUUGGUCAGCUCGAUAGCACUGUUAGCUGCUAGCCGUCUGCUCAGCACCUCCCUGUUAAGAGCCGUGUGCAGACAAUCUGAAUCACUUCAAAUCAGUGAUAUGCUCUGAUUGUCAUGUAGAGCUUCUUUAAAUAUACACAUACAAGUACAUGUACCUCUGCAUGUAUACACUUGCCAUUUUUCAUCCAUCUACCAGAUGUCCUUGGACUUUUCCCGCCUCUCCCCAUCACCACCACUACUGAAGUUCAGCAAAAUUUAGAGGAAAAGGCACCAGGUCGUAAAUGUAAAGGAUCAAACUAAUUCUGCUGCUGCUAACCAUGUAGUGUAGGGGAGCGCGGGGCACAACCUAAUAUGGGGUAAAUUGUAACAUGGACUUUUUAAUCGGUCACAUCCUUUCUUGUUUCUGGCCAGCUGUCCAUGAUGCCACCAUACAGUGACCCGUGAAAUUCCACAGGGAUUAGAUAUGUGUCAGUGGAAUUCGGUUUUUGGUCUAUUUAAAUAAAUUUCUUUGUCAUA